AUGUCCUCAUAUGCUGUUUACUUAUCUGAUGCACCACCUAGACGGAAUGGGAAUGCUGGAAGCUCUUUAUCUCGGAAGAUACACCGUGCAUGCAGGACGGCCUUAGAAGAGCCGGACCUAUCUUUGAACCUAGAUAUUGCAGACUAUAUCAAUUCUAAGCAAGGUGCAGCACCUCGGGAGGCCACUCUGACUAUUGUGAAGUUAAUUAAUUCGCAGGGGACACACACUGCCAUCUUUGCGCUGGCGUUGUUGGACGUGCUUGUCAAGAACUGUGGGUAUCCUGUGCACUUGCAGAUAUCUAGGAAAGAGUUCUUAAAUGCUCUUGUCAAGCGGUUUCCAGAACGACCACCAAUGGCGUACACGAAGGUUCAGUGCUUAAUAUUGACGGCCAUCGAAGAGUGGUACCAGACGCUUUGCAAGUACUCGAAGUACAAAGAGGACAUGAAAUACAUUCGGGACAUGCAUAGUCUGCUAAAGUACAAGGGAUACGUCUUCCCAAAGAUUAAGCAAGAAGAUUUAGCUGUGUUACGCCCCGGGGAUCACUUAAAAACGCCUAGCGAACUCCAAAAGGAACAGGAAAUUGCCCAGGCUGCCAAACUGGAGGAGUUAAUUAGGCGUGGAAGGCCGGAGGACUUGCGGGAAGCUAACAAAUUGAUGAAAAUUAUGGCAGGCUUUAAGGAAGACAACAUUCUUAAUGUCAAGCAAACACUGACGGAAGAAUUGACAAAGUUAAAGCGGAAGGCUGACCUUCUCAGCGAAAUGCUAGCUACAGGUGACAGUUCUGCGUUGGACAACGACACUGUUACCGAAUUAUAUAGCGCGCUAAAAUCUUCGCAACCCAAAUUUCAAAAGAUAAUCGAAGAAGACAACUCUGACGAUUCUAUGGUUCAAGAUAUACUGAAAUUUAAUGAUAAGGUCAACCAACUAAUUCAGCAGUACCAGCUCUUGAAGAAAGGAAAGGCUGAUGAUGUAAUUCCGCUCCAUGUUCCAGCACAGUCCACUUCAAAGAAUGGAGAAGGGACCACGCUAGCAAAUGAAAUUAACUUGAUAGAUUUUAGUGACACAACUAAUGAUGAACCUAGUUCAAAUGUCACUGGAGAUAACUUUGAUGAUCUGCUUGGUGAGCUAAACUCUCUAAAUCUUUCCCAACCACAAUUAUUUGGACUAGGAGCUAUAUCUCUAGGCGCCUCAACUCCAUCCGCACCAGUGGAGACAGCAGUUCACCAUAAUACGGUGGACCUAUUAGGCGACUUCUCGUCAUCACGCUUAUCGUCGGUUACUGCAGCGUCGGCCACUGCAGCUUCAGCAGUUACAGCCUCGGCUUCACCCUCUACUGACUUUGACUUAUUGGAUGGAUUUGCCAGCUCAUAUGGUUCAGAUACGGGCGCUGUUAAAAAUUCAACCACUCGUUCGGUUGUUUCUGAAUCACAGAACCUGAAGUUAGAAUUCGAAAUCAGUAAAAUUAAUGCGUCCAAAAUUAGGGUUACAUCUUACUUCUCGAACAUGUCUGACUCCCGUCUAGACGACUUAUCAUUUUUGGUGGCCGUUCCCAAGUCCUGUGCUCUAAAUCUUCUACCACAGUCCGAUAACACUAUACCAGCUAAGACCGCAGAUGGUAUCACACAGGAAGGCCAUAUAGUUAUCCCAGAGGGCUUCUCAAAACCAUUAAAGGUUAAAUGGAAGGUCACCUAUAAAAUGAAUGCGGUGCCGAUCGAAGAAGGAGCGGUCUUCACGCUUCCAAAAAUUUGA